AUAUGAAUCUAAUCUUCGUUUAUGUGAAAUACGGAUCAGAUUCUUUUCUAUAAGAAACGAGAUUCAGAAUUCAAGCUCUUUUUUAUAUAAAAAAGUGUGUCUUUUAGAAUCAUAUUAAUUUCUAUACAAAACAAAUACGAUUUCAUUUCUAUAUAGUAAUUAGAUCAUAUAACUUACUCUAAGAAACGAAAAUCAGAAUCCGAUCUUAUUCCAACAUGAAAAGAGGACUAGAAUCGAAUAUCUGUAAUUAGGAAAAUAGUGUCAUAAUUUGAUCUCUUUUUUAAAUAACGAAAAGAUCAGAUUAUUUUUUCUAAGAAACGAGGAUCAGAAUACGUUCACUACACGAACCCAUUUCCAUCAGAAUCAGAUUCAUUUUCUUUAACAAUCUUUUAUAAAACAAAAACGAGGAUCGUUUUCAGCAUGAAAAAGAGGCUUGGCAUUGAAUUUUUUUCAAUACAAAGAAAGAAAACUAGGAACUAGUAUCAGAAUGCGAUCGCUUUUCUAUAUUAAAAUUAAAUUACUUACAAUCAGAAUCAUAUCUCUGUUCUAUAUGAACUAUUUAUUUCCAAUGUAUUUUUAAUAUAAAAUUAUCAGAUUACAACUUACGAUUAGAUUGUGAUCUUUUUUUGUAGGAAGAGAAGAUAAAUCUGUUGUCUUAUUUUAUAUUAUCAGUUUCUUUUCAGAAUUUGAUCUCUUUUCUGUAUAAUUUGGUUAAAAUUUCAUUAAUUUUCUACAUGAAAAGAGAAUUAGAAAUCGAUCUUUAUUCUAUAAAUGUAAAUAAGAAUCUGGCCCAUUUUAGGUAUAAAGAUGUUGAACUCUUUUCUAUAUAAAAAAUGAUCAGAUUUGUCUGUAAAUAGGGGAUCAAAAUCGAACCUUUUCUAUAAAGAGAGAGAGAGAGCGAGCGAAAUUUACCACUUUUCUAAAAAAUUCAACUGACGUUUAUCUUGUAUGAAAGUAUGAUCAAAAUCUAAUUUCGAUCUCGAAAUUCAGAUCCAUCAGUAAAUAUUGAGAUGACGUCUUGGUCUAAAAAAUAUAUAUUUUUUAAUAAACUAAAAUUACUUAACGUGUAUUAGUGUUAAACAAUUUCUCUCUAAAUAACCAUUUCUGUCAAAAUACGAAGCAUGUGUUCAGGUGGAAAAAAAGCUUUAUUGUCGACACACACACAUACCAAAGGCGAAAUAACAAAAAAGCUUUUUAUAUUCGAAUAACAGGAUUCAAGUGUUCUCUCUCUCAAUGAAGAAAUACACAGUUAUUUUGUAAUCGUUUUUAUGUGUUUUUUUCCUUGUGUGUCCUUACUAUUGAUUUUCAACCAGAAAAAAAGGCGAAAACGACAAGUUGAAUAACAGUUGAAACACAAUGAGAAUGAAUUGUCAGCUUUAUUACUCGUGGGCCAUCCGUAACGUAUAGUUUAAGCAAAGAGGAACUAAAGGAAUAACGACGCUUUCGAUUAAAUAAUACACAAUAAAAUAGAGCGGAAGGAGCGUAAAUGUUUUUUAAAUUUAACGUCAGAGUAAAAUGCACGUUAAACCAACCACCCAACGAAGAGUAAGUGGACCUGGAGCAUUUGGAACAUACACCGACCAAUGUGCUAGCAGAGAAAACUUGUAUAGUAGUGAUCAACAACAACAGCAACAACAAAAUCAUCAAUUUAAACAACAACAAUUAAAGCAACAACAGCGCCAACAACCGCAACACCAUUCGCAUCAACAUUUGCUGCGCCAGUCUCUGAUCAACCUUACAAGCGCUCAGAACACACAGACUCAGACUGCUCCUCUAUACAGUAGUCAUUCGGAUAAUAACAGUUAUUGUAGUGCCGUAACCACACAAGAAGGAGCAACCACCUCCGAUCAAGAUCAAGAACAACAAUACCAUCAUCUACAGCAGCAAACGACUGGUGAUCAAAACAGUGGUAGCGUUAGUUAUCGGUCGCGUAAUACGUCGCGUAAAAACAGUGAUCACGUUUCGUCCUCUACGCGUAAUCAGCUGCACAAAUCGAUAUCGUGCAGUUGUGAGUCUCUUAAAUGUGCACUAGUUGUUAGUGAUACGUUACCGGCUGCAACAUCCACCACCAACACCACAACACACACCACUAGUGCUAAAGGUGCGUCACGCAACUAUUACGGUCUCAGCACCGACAACGACAACGAAUUCUUACUUGACAGCGAAGUUAAACCACACCGCGAGGAGAAAGGUAGUGAUUUCGGCAAGCCUAGCAGGCUAGGCGGCAACGCCAACACCACCUGCCCCCGAAGUUCAACAGGUGAUGAUCAUCACUCACUGCAGUACGAGACAUCAUCAGCAGGCUUACGUUUUAGUAGCGUUUCAAAACAAAACUCUUACGAUAGUGGUUCACCGCAGCUGUUGACCCUUGCGGACGCCAAUCAGCGUUAUCAUCAGCAGCAACACAGCCCAACCAGUCGCCUAUCGUACAGCCCCAACAGCAAAAGUAGUAGCUUGGCCAUAGCCGAUGAUUAUCAGGAUUCACAGCAAACACAGGGAGAUUUUAAACAUCUAGUCGUUCAUAAUCUAAGCAACUCGGAUCCGUUAAGCCAAACCAGCAGUUAUAGUCAUCAUCAACUAGAAGACGUCAACAAUUGUCCACUGCUAAAGACACAUUAUAGUGAUUGUAAUAUUUAUGCCAAGAACGAAUUAGAUUCGCAAUCACAGCAACCGGACAAGCAGCAGUUGGUAAAUAAAGCCUAUAUCUUCAAGUGCAUCGGGAAUAGUCCGUCUUUCCUGAAAACCAAUAAAAUCAAAGAACAGUCGCGUAAACUGAGAAAUCUGUCGCUGAAAACUCAUCCUACGGGCAAGAAAAAAAGUCAAAUACUAGCCAAGUCAAACGCGGUGUCCGAUAACUCUUUGCAUCCGGGAGACAAGUAUCUUAAUCUCUACCUGGUGGAGAAGAAACAGCAACAACAACAACAGCAGCAGCAACAACAGUCGACAUCAACUUCACCAUCUGUGGCUUCCGGACACCAAGUGUCGCGACACAGUACCCCUUACAUAGUGAACGGUGCUGUCAAGUCCUCAUAUCCCACAUAUCGUUCCUCAAUUAAAAGUGAAACAGCCGUAAGUGCCGUCUUAGCAGCAGCCGCCGCAGCAGCCGCAUCCGCCAACAGUAGCAAUUCGUAUUUGCAGCAACAGCAACAGGUAUUCGGCGGCAAAAGUAGUAGUGUCAAUUAUUUAUCCUCCAACCCAACCUCCAGCAAACAGCAGCCGCACCAGCAGCAAUAUAAAACAGCCAAAAUUAAUAACAAAGGCUGCAAUCUGGUCAACAACGGCAACAAACUUAGUGUUAGCACUAAUUCGUGCAAUCGCCUACAUGCCGGCUCACCCCAUGCAAUAUCACCGAAAAGUUCUUUAUCGAGUAACGGACAUCUCAAUAAGUAUUGUCUGACCGAUAUAAGUCGUCGCAAAACCGAAUUCAAUCGACAGCUUAGUGCACCGACUGAUUACACCCAUCAUUCAUCGAGUAACGGUUCCCAUCAGUCCACCAACGAGGUCGUUGGCGGCGAAUCAACAUCGACCGUUGCCAGUGCUGGCGUCAAAACACCAGCUUACUUGCAACAACAUUCGUUACCCAAUCAACAGCAGCAACAACAGAAAAAUCCACAAAACCAACAGACACCACAUACUACACACUAUCAGCCCCAUUAUCAUCAGCAUCACCAACAUCAUCAUCAGCAGCAACAACAGCUGCAUCAACACCAACAUCCCCAUCAUCAACAACAACUACUACAGCAGCAGCAACAUCACUAUCAACACAGUCAACAGCACCUUCCACAACAUCACUCAGCAACAGUAUUAACGAAACCAACAUCGAACUCGUGUACGAACAGUUUUAAUAGACGCCACAUUAAACGUCAGAAAAAUACGAAAUUAAAUGAAAGACUACUACGUCGUGAUAGUGAAGAUUCCUCUGUUCGAUGCUCGUACUGUUCAGUACUAAAUGUCAAUGAGAACGAUUUAAGGAGAUCAUUUGAGAAUACCUGCACCGAUUCAUUGGUAACAGCUUUUGAUGAUGAGGCUUUACUAAUAUGCGACCAAGGAAACGAAAUGGCAAGCACAAAGGUUCACUUUGAUGACGUAUCGUUGUACGGGACUCCGAAAGAGGAGCCAAUGCCUUCCAUCCCCAUUGUUUCGGAAAAAGUUUCAGCGAAUUUCUUAAAAAGUCAAUUGCAAUCAUGGUUUCAACCAACCGACAAUCGGUUGGCCAUGAAACUAUUUGGCAGCCGCAAGGCCUUAGUCAAAGAAAGAAUACGUCAGAAGACUUCCGGACAUUGGGUUAUUCACCCAUGCAGUUCAUUCAGGUUUUAUUGGGACCUUUGUAUGCUUUUAUUAUUAGUAGCAAAUCUUAUUAUCCUGCCAGUCGCAAUAUCAUUCUUCAACGAUGAUCUAAGCACACGAUGGAUUGCCUUUAACUGCCUAAGUGAUACUAUUUUUUUAAUAGAUAUUGUAGUCAAUUUUAGAACAGGAAUUAUGCAACAAGACAACGCUGAACAAGUUAUUUUGGAUCCCAAGCUUAUAGCCAAACACUAUUUAAGAACAUGGUUUUUUCUUGAUUUAAUUUCAUCGAUACCAUUGGAUUAUAUAUUUUUGAUUUUCAAUCAAAUUAUGAAAUUGCAGGACUUCUCCGAUUCCUUUCAAAUUUUACAUGCCGGUCGUGCCCUACGAAUAUUACGCUUAGCUAAACUCUUAUCAUUGGUCCGAUUGUUGCGCUUGUCCAGGCUGGUGCGCUACGUAUCACAAUGGGAGGAAGUAUAUAUUCUGCAGAAUCUACAGAAAAAAAGUGCUGAUCGAAGAGGGAGAAUGCACAGAAAAGACAAAGAAGGCUUAACAAAAAGCAACCUAAUUUUAAAGUUCCACUCGUUUCUAAAUAUGGCAUCGGUGUUUAUGAGAAUUUUCAAUCUGAUAUGUAUGAUGUUGCUAAUUGGUCAUUGGAGUGGUUGUUUACAGUUUUUAGUGCCAAUGUUACAAGGUUUUCCCUCAAACUCAUGGGUAUCAAUCAAUGAAUUGCAGGAGUCAUAUUGGCUGGAACAAUAUUCAUGGGCUUUAUUUAAAGCAAUGUCACAUAUGCUAUGCAUAGGUUAUGGCAGAUUUCCGCCCCAAUCCUUAACCGAUAUGUGGUUGACAAUGUUAUCCAUGAUAUCGGGUGCUACAUGUUAUGCUUUGUUCCUGGGUCAUGCUACAAACUUAAUUCAAAGUUUAGAUUCGAGUAGGCGUCAAUAUCGCGAAAAGGUCAAACAGGUUGAAGAGUAUAUGGCGUAUCGUAAAUUACCGCGCGAUAUGCGUCAACGUAUAACCGAAUAUUUCGAGCAUCGUUAUCAAGGUAAAUUCUUCGAUGAAGAAUGUAUAUUAGGAGAAUUGAGCGAAAAAUUAAGAGAGGAUGUUAUCAAUUAUAAUUGUAGAUCUCUCGUUGCGUCAGUGCCUUUUUUUGCAAAUGCUGACUCCAAUUUCGUUUCUGAUGUUGUUACAAAACUUAAAUACGAAGUAUUUCAACCAGGUGAUAUUAUUAUAAAAGAAGGUACAAUUGGUACCAAAAUGUAUUUUAUACAAGAAGGUGUGGUCGAUAUUGUUAUGGCCAAUGGAGAGGUGGCAACAUCUUUAUCGGAUGGUUCAUAUUUCGGUGAAAUUUGUUUGCUAACAAAUGCCAGACGUGUGGCCAGUGUGAGAGCUGAAACAUAUUGUAAUCUAUUCUCACUGAGUGUCGAUCAUUUCAAUUGUGUGCUGGACCAAUAUCCUCUCAUGAGAAAAACAAUGGAAACUGUUGCUGCCGAACGUCUUAAUAAGAUUGGCAAGAAUCCGAAUAUAAUGCAACAAAAAGAUGAACAAUUAAGCAAUCCAGAAUCAAAUACAAUAACAGCGGUGGUUAAUGCUUUAGCCGCUGAAGCGGAGGAAUGUAAAGAUGACAGUGAGAUUGAUCCCAAAGAAAAUCUAUUACAUGGUUCGAUGUCAAGUAUAGCAGAGCCCAUACAAACAAUACGUGAAGGUUUACCCCGUCCUAGAAGUGGUGAAUUUCGUGCAUUAUUUGAGGGCAAUACUCCAUGACACUGAGAAAAAUUAUUAUCAACGGCAUCGACACCGACACUACAAUUGCACUAUUAUCAUAAGCAUUUGUUGGCAUUUAGUGUUUGUGGUGUUAGAAGAGCAACACUGUGAAUUAUUUACAACAACAACAUCAAUCUUAAUCAUCAACAACAACUACAGCAACAGCAGCAGCAGCAGAAGCAUUAGUAAAACGCAGUAAAUUGUUAUUUAUAUUCAAGCCUCAUAUAUUGCUAUUUCAAGCAGCCUUUUUAUAAAAAAAAUACCUAAAGAAAAUACUUAAAACUUAAGAGAAAAAUAUAUUAAAAUGGUUUAACAUUUGACAGUUCCAUUUAAUAUAUUAUAUUUACUUUUUUUCUAUACAUAUAUUAACUUUACUCUAUAGGAAUUUCUUAACAUUUAUCUGUCAAUUGUUUAAAGUGUUAAGCAAAUUCUAAGAUAUUUUUCUAUUAAGUUUUUCCUCAAAAAAAAUAUAUAUUAAAACCAAAAUACUAUAUAUUAAAUAUAUAUAUAUAUAUCAUGCUUUAACACCAAAUUAUUCUAGCGGUUGCUUUAAAGUCCAUUUUAAGUUCAAAUAUCAUUUAAAAUUACAACAACAACAGUUAAACUAAACUAAAUUAAACACAAUCAAAAAGAAAAGAAAAAUAAAACGAUAGACAGACCGACAAAACUAUUAACGAAUUAAUUAAACAAUAAAACUAAUAGAGAAUUUAAUUAACAAAAAAAAAACAAAAUUAAAGAAAUAUUUCAGUUUUUACACUAUUAUUAUACUCAUAUUAACUCAAUUACAACAAACAAUAACAACAAAAUUACAAAUAAACAAUUACAAUUACAAUUACAACCCAACCUAUUACAUACAUCAAUAAUACAUUUACUUACAUAUACAAGGAGAUAAACUGCAAUUAAUUAAUAAUAACAAAAGUAAAAAAGAAAAGAAACAAAACAAAACAAAAACAUAAAAGUCCUCAAUAAUUUAAACAAAACAAAAACAAAUAAUAACAAAUUUUUUCAGCUCCGCAAACUGUGAUGACUUAAGUA